AUGUUGAACAGAAAAAGACAAGAUUCAUUUUCUUGUUCGCAAUGUAAUCGAAAGUUCGGGCGCAAGGACCAUCUCAAUCGUCAUCUUCAUCGCCAUACCGGGAAUAAGUCGCUGCGAUGCACGAUAUGUACUGCAGUUUUUUCACGAAAGGACGCUUUGCUCCGACAUAGCCUCGUACAC